UUUAAUGUCUGAAAUGUAGCUUUUUAUUAGAUGUUUCGUAACGUAGAGUCAAGUUAACCACACGUCCUGUUUCUCACCGUCAUUUUCUAGCGUUACCAGCAAAUGUCAGUUUCUAAAAUACUGUCCGUAUUCCCUUGUUUUAACGGGGGGACCACACAGUUAGCGAGUGAAACUAACUUGCACAGAAAGGGAAGAUGAGUUAGCCGGUGGAGGCUAACCGAGGCAGCUAGCUACUCUGGCCCUGUCACUUCUUCGUUUGCUGCUUCGUCUCGUCGGCGUCUGUUGGCAGGAGAUAAAAACAAGGUUGUGACAGCGACUUUGGGGGAGUUUCCUGUCUCACCGCAGGAAUGCCGGGUGGAGAGUAUGGGGAGCUCGGGGCCAGUCUCCCCGCCAUCGCCUCCCUGAACGCCUCCUACUCUACAUCAAUGUCCAUCCCGUCCCCGUACCUGUUUGCACCACCUGCUGAGCGCAGGGUCAUCUCUGACGUCCGCCGCACCUUCUGUCUCUUUGUGACGUUCGACCUGCUCUUCAUAUCGCUUCUCUGGAUUAUUGAGUUGAACAUCUCCAGCAACAUCUGGACCAGUUUAGGAGACGAAGUUAUCCGCUAUAACUUCCGGUCGUCCUUCUUCGACAUUUUUCUUCUCGCCAUCUUUCGCUUCCUGUGUCUGCAAGUGGGUUACGCUGCCUUUCGGUUAAAGCACUGGUGGGUAAUUGCGAUUACAACUUUAGUGACCACGGUCUUCCUCGUCGUGAAGGUCAUCGUAUCUAAUCUGCUGUCCCAGAAUGCCUUUGGCUACGUUCUGCCCAUCACCUCUUUUGUGGUGGCCUGGCUGGAGACCUGGUUUCUUGACUUCAAAGUGCUCACGCAGGAGGCAGAUGACGAAAGAGCCUACCUAGCAGCGGUGAACGCGGCCUGGCUAAGGGCUCCCAUGAUCUACCCCUCUGCCGCUUCAGACGGACAGUUCUACUCCCCACCUGAAUCCGUCGCAGGCUCCGAAGAGGAUCUGGAUGAGGAGGGUCUUGGGCGCAGAGCUGUCACCAAUCAGGAGAAGGAGUACGUCCGACAGGGUCGUGAGGCCUUGUCUGUGGUCGAACAGAUCCUAGCCCAGGAGGACGGAUGGAAAUUUGAAAAAAACAAUGAAAUGGGAGACUCUGUCUACACCCUGGAGAUUCCCUUCCAUGGAAAGACUUUCAUUCUCAAGGCUUUCAUGCAGUGUCCUGCUGAGCUGGUGUAUCAGGAGGUGAUUCUGCAGCCAGAGAAGAUGGUCCAGUGGAACAAAACGGUUUCCGCCUGCCAGAUCCUCCAGAGGGUUGACGACAACACACUUAUUUCAUACGACGUCUCUGCUGGAGCAGCGGGGGGAGUUGUGUCUGCCAGGGACUUUGUUAACGUUCGACGGGUGGAGCGCAAACGAGACUGCUACCUGUCUGCCGGUAUGGCAACCGACCACGACGCCAAGCCCCCAUGUGGUCGCUACGUCAGGGGGGAGAACGGUCCUGGAGGAUUUGUGGUCCUCAAAUCCAGCAGUAACCCGUCGGUCUGCACCUUCAUCUGGGUCCUCAACACGGAGUUGAAGGGUCGUCUGCCCCGCUACCUCAUCCACCAGAGUUUGGCCGCCACCAUGUUUGAAUUUAUGUCCCAUUUACGGCAACGUAUCGCUGACCUGCGGCCCUCUCUGCGCUCCCACCAGCACACUUAAAACAGGAGAGACACCGGACUGUGCCACAGUUGGUUGGGAGGUAUCACUACUGGGCUUUUGUAUACGUAUACUCAAAUCAGCGGAACAUGUACAAUGAGCACAGCAGUGCUCUCGUGACGCAUUGAGCUGAAGCGAUGUGCCAUAGUGACUGAAAAGACUGCAGCUGGAAGCAUAGGAGAUGUGAGACAUGUGACCACGCAUUCACCACAUUUCAGUCACAUGAGAAGAGGAGUAAUUUGGUUUUCAAAGACGUUGUUCUUCUUUAUUGAAGGUCAACAAUGUGGUUUUUUUCUAGUGUAUUCACAUACAGAUUUUUGAGAAGACCUGAUGUUAUUUGGCCUCUCGCUGUACGAGGAGAGCCGUUUUCUGAAAGCAUCACUCACACAAGAAGACCUGGAUGAAGAUGGGGGUCGAUUCUCACCGUCAGACGUAUUUCAAAAUGAAACCGAUAUACUGAGCCUUAUCUUACUGCGCACACUGUUGGCCAUUGAUUUUCUGCCUUUUUGUGUGUUUCACUGCAAUGUUAUAAAUGUUUCUCUGGUGCGCCAGUCAUAAAACGAACCCAUACACACCUUCAAGGGUCAUUUGAAGGAGUAAAAGCUGUUGUCCAUGGUUAAUGCUCUUUAACGACACUGUGAUAGAUGGUAAAAGCAGCACCACUAGAAGAAGAUGCCACUUACCCAACCAGUGAAAUUCUCUAAGGCCGUUUUCGGAUAUGAAACUUGGGUUGGGACGUUUUCCAGAGUUUGCCUUUUACAUAUGAAGAAUGCAGUAAAAGACUGUCAGACGCUUUCCCAAAGACAGAAAACUCUGGAGCGUUCAGGUGGGGGGGCACCCGGGUAGAGCAAGCAGCUGGCAGGACAUGAUGUGUAUAUUCCGCUGUGGAAAUUACGUGUUUGUUGUUUACAGCACAUUGACACCAUAUCACUAACAGCUCUCAAGUCUUUAUUAAUUGGAUAUGGACAUGUUAGUCGGCGUCCUCUCUGUAUGGCACCUCUUUUUCAUGCUGAGAUAUUUGGGCUAUUUUUCUUUAUUUCAGUUUUGCAUUUGUCGCGUGUUUAAACAACUUCUACACGCCCUACUGCUCGACAUGUAUUGUCACAGGGGCCCGUGCUGACAUUUUGUUUGUUGGCUUUGAGGAAAAGUUGUAGAAAUGUCUUCCACAACUGGCUCAGAUAUUCACCUUCUCACAUGCAGCCACAUAGAGCCCCUCCAGAAGUUCUCUGGAAAAUGUCCGAGGUUCAGUGCAGGUCUAAAAGCAGCUUUAAUUUGACCGCUCCCUUUCUGCAAGUGCAAAGACUUGUUAUCUAAUCCUCUUAAAUCUAAUCAACUAUUACUGAGGGUUUCUCAAUACUGCUUUUGUGCUGCACUUUGUCAUCUGAAGUCAAACCAGGCUUUUGCAUUUGCAUCACAAACUAACAAUAUUAUAUAUUGUUAUAAUGUGAUGCAAAUGCAUUAUCGAGCUCGAUUAGUACUAGAUGAUGAUGCUCACACAUCGUGACGCUGUACACGCUCUGAAGCUGUACUUUUGUAUCCAUUAACCUCAAGUGGCCUUGUGGUAAAAGAAGCUGAGCUCAUUCAUGUCAACAGUUCUGAAUGUGCUGACAUUAGUACAGAUGGAUGAUUAAAGUUUUUCUAUCACUUCUUACAUUAUGAUUACUGCGUGUUACUUUUGCUUCAGACAUCUGUAUCUCAGUGUUAUGACGGACCUCAGAAAAUCGUUUCUAUAAUUUCACAAAACCUGGUCAUAGGUCCGAAUCACUGCGGAGUUGAAGCAGAGUGAGCAGUGAAGGCAGGAAACGUUUGUUCUCACUCGCAAGCUGUCAACCAUCUGAAAAGAGUCCUUGUCCAAAAGUUGUGGUAAUUGCGAUUUUUUAGGUUUUAGCUGUUUAUCAUACUGAAGGAAUGUUAAAUGAUUUCAGCGUUCCGGUGCCUUUUUAUCACUCUCCCCUCACCUCCGGCUUUUUCUUUUGCUUUACUCUUUUGCUUUACACAUUUCCAUGUAUGCCAUAUUCACACGAAACAUGCUUACAUUACUUAAGUUUGUGUCUUUCUUUUUAAUAGCUUUUGAAGGUAAUUUAUCAUAGAUCAUUCAUCCAACAUGUUAAUUUAAACCAACAGUCCGUUUUUAUUGAGUCUUAACCAGUGUUUGAUGUUUAAUAAAAUAUACGAAGUCAUGA